AUGAGUGGUAAAUCAAAAUUUAAAGCCUCUAAAGAAAUGGUAGCAUAUUGUUGGGAUACAUUAAUUCAUCACUUUGAAUCAAAACCAAUGUAUAAACCAAGCUUUACAAAUGAACCAUUUCCAUUAUUUGUAACUUGGAAGAUUGACAAUAAAAACUAUGACGAACCAAUUUUAAGAGGUUGUAUUGGAACUUUUUCAGAAAAACCAUUAGUUGAAGGACUAUCAAAAUUUUCAUUAACUAGCGCACUUAAAGAUCAUCGUUUCUCACCAAUCACCCAAAAAGAAUUACCAAAGCUUCAUUGUGCAGUUUCACUAUUAUUAGAUUUUGAAGAGGCUAAAGACGUAUGGGAUUGGGAAGUAGGCACCCAUGGUAUUUGGAUUGAAUUUACCAAUCCAACCACACUGUCAACUACUACAGGUACAUUUUUACCAGAAGUUAUUCCAGAACAGCAAUGGUCAAAAGAAGAAGCACUUAGAGCAUUAAUUAAAAAAGCUGGAUAUAAUGGCAAAGUAGAUCAAUCAUUCUAUUCAUCUAUUAAACUUACUCGUUAUCAAUCAACAAAAGAAGAAUUGUCAUAUAAAGAUUAUUUAGAAUUUAAAAAACAUCACCAUCAACACCAUAUCCACCAAACCCAAAGCAUUACCACUGCAACUUAA